AUGUCUAGCACGGCGUCGAUGGGUGUUCAUAAUCUGGCUAUUGAUACGGUAACUCUUUGUGUUCGGAGAAAUUUCACUGAGGAAAAUGAAAUAGUGAUGUACAAAGGAACGAUGGAUGAGAUUCUGGCGAAAAAGCAUCUUUUAAAG